AUGGGACAGCUUUCUCUAUAUAUUCCACACUAUCCUUUCAUCAUUGGAGAGACUGACUGCGUGGGCGCUUCUCAAACAGUGAGGACGACCUUAAAUAAGGGGCUGGACUCUGUGGAUACAGCAGAACCCGCUGCCUCCCCGUUGCGAUGCAGUGAAUCUGCUCCGCGCUUUGUCCGCUAUAUAAACUGCACACGGCGACCAGAGCGCACAGCUUCAGUGGACAGCUCCGUGGUGCUGAAACCUCACAGCCACCGCUCACCCGCCUCCUCUCUGAAGCCGCCGCACACGACCGGAACCAUGGACGGAUACUCGUGGAAACUUUUUCUACUUUCUUUUCUGCUUGUUGUGGGGAGCUCCGCGCAAGACUUUGGACAGACGCAGUUUAUUUGCACGUCGGUGCCCAAGGAUAUGGACUUGUGCGCGGCCACGAUGCAGAACAGCGGGCCGGCGGAGGACCUGAAGACUACGGUCAUGCAGCUUCGCGAGACCGUGCUGCAGCAAAAAGAGACCAUCAUGAACCAAAAGGAGACCAUCAGGGAACUAACGUCCAAGUUGAGCCGCUGCGAGAGCCAGAGCCUCCCGGCGGCGGGACCCGGUGGGAGACGGCCGGGGUCGAAGAACACGAUGGGGGAUGUAUCCCGGGGCACCGCGGACACUCUGACCCAGCUGGGACAGACUUUACAGACGCUGAAACAGAGACUGGAGAAUCUCGAGCAGUACAGUCGAGGUAAUAACACCGUGCAAGCGAACAGCCUGAAAGAUCUGCUACAAAACAAGAUAGACGACAUGGAGAAGCAGGUUUUGUCCCGGGUCAACACGAUAGAGGAGACCAAACCCAGCACCCGGAAUGACACCGAUCAGCGGAACAGAGUGGAGUCCACGCUCACCACCCUGCACCAUCGGAUCACAGACCUCGAGAAAGGUAAAGACAGCAGGCCGACAGAUGCCUUUCAGCUCACCUUUCCCCUGAGAACCAACUACAUGUACGCCAAAGCCAAGAAGAGCCUUCCUGAGAUGUACUCCUUCAGCGUGGGUCUGUGGAUCAAGUCCAACGCCUCUCCUGGGGUGGGGACACCCUUCUCCUACGCUGUCCCCGGUCAGGCCAACGAGCUGGUGCUGAUAGAGUCGGGGAACAACCCUAUGGAGAUUCUCAUUAAUGACAAGGUUGCAAAGCUACCGUUCGUCAUCAACGAUGGGAAAUGGCAUCACCUGUGCAUCACGUGGACCACCCGUGACGGGAUGUGGGAGGCCUUUCAGGAUGGAGUGAUGCGGGGCAACGGAGAAAAUCUGGCACCGUACCAUCCCAUCAAACCAGAAGGAGUGCUGGUCCUCGGACAAGAGCAGGAUACGUUGGGAGGAGGCUUUGAUGCGACACAAGCUUUCGUUGGUGAACUGGCAAACCUGAACAUCUGGAACAGGAAACUUUCCGUCACAGAGAUCUACAACUUGGCGACCUGUAACAGCAAACCACAGUCUGGCAAAGUCUUCUCCUGGACGGAGAGCAACAUAGAAAUAUUUGGCGGGGCGACCAAAUGGACCUUCGAGCCUUGCCGUUCGCUCAACUGAACCUUUAUUUCCCCGUCAGAGAAAGUCCACUGUGUAUUUCUGAGCUUUUGUCGUUCAUGUCUUCAUGUUAGAGACUAUUUGAGUUGUUGGUAAGCUUAAAUCUGGGAUUUCUAUCGUUCUUAGGUAUUUAUGUGAAAACAAAACUUUUCAUCUUGAGGAAAAAACAAAAAACAGAAUUCAUCUUGGAAACCUCAGAGCAAAAGUAUUCGAUAUCUGUUUCGGUAUAUGUUUAAAAGUUUUUUUUUUUGUUGGACGGGCAGUUGAAAGCACACGGAAGCUUUGCGUUUUGGCUCAUUUCGACCUGGACUGGCAGCCGGCAAUCUGCGCCGUAUGUUUGGACAAUUCACAAUCCAAGUGAGGAAAUUACAUAACCGCUCGCACCCGCUUCCGUCUGGGAAGUGGCAGAUUACGCUGUCCAUGCAAUUCUUGUCAGUGUUUGGCGCCGUGAAGUGAUGUCUGGCGCAGAACAACUCCACCCCCCCCCCCCCCCCCUCCCUCCAUCUCCUCCUUCAUCCUUCAUUCUGCUCCGCCACUCCGGAACUUGCACUGUGACUGACUGAGAGAUUGCCAGGAGAGGAGGAUAUGUUGAAGGACAUUGCGAACUCAGGCUUUGGUACAAGUCAAUUUGCAAUAGUUGUUCGCUUCAAGUGUUUCUGUAAGAAUGUUGUUAACUUGCUACAAAGCCUGGGUGCCUUGGGCUGGUACAGAUAUUCAGCACAUUCAGUAUGUUUUAAGUUGCAAAUUCAAUGGUCACUGGUUUCUGUUUUCUUUUCUGAGAUGGGUUUAAUUUCUUGUUUCUCUGGUAAAUGUAAUUUAAUUACAGUUUGUUAUCUGACAUGACGUGUUUUGGCAGGUGUUCGUUCUGCUCUGUACUAGGAAUGUUACAGUAUGUGUAUAGUGACAGCAUGAAUGACAAGAGUGCCGUGAAAGCAUUUUUGAAAUCUGCUUUACUAUCUUCUCUGGGUCUGGGUUUUUUACUGUAUUGUUAUAUGCUCCAAGCAUGGCAAAACUGAGAGAUGAAGAAUUUAAUUUUUGUAAUAAAAUUGUGAUACUUAAUGUCA